CGAAUCUACAAUCUAUGAUUUAUUUGAAUUUGACUGUAUUUUUUCAUAAAAUCUCAAUUUCAAUAAGGAUCGUACAAAACAUCAUAAAAUUAAGUAAAAUGUUGCUGCCGGCUGCGCACUUCACCCGGGGGCCGGGAUCUUCACCACAGGAUUUUUAGGCACCAGUAUGCCCUUCCAGGAUCGCAGUUUCGUACGGAAACGCACGCUCAAAAUUUAAUGCAAGGAACGAAACCAUCUCGCAUAGCGUAUACUACUGACUUAUUAAAUCGCGCAGGCUGCAAGCAUGAUUUCGAACAGAAACGAAAAAUGCAAAUAAAACUUAAAAACCCAUUCUUGUUCUUGAAAAUUAGAAAGUAGGAGUUAUUAGACUCAAAACGAAGCGUUUCCGGUUUUGAAAAGCUCUAUUGUAAUAAACUCAAAUAUUUGCAACGGAUUUUGUCCAAGUUCCUCUUCCUUCCUGACAACUGAAGCGAGGGGAAAGGUUCGUCUUUUUCUGAUUAGAAAUUGCUAAAAUGAUUCCUGUUACGAUUCGACCUGUGACGGUGUCCGCACCAGUAGCUCCCAAGCCGCUUGGUGGGGAAAAGAUUGUUCCAGGCAAGCGGGCUGUUUCUCCGACGGCUAAUGGAAACCGCAUGAAAGUGCCUGCAGGAACGUCGACGGUACAACUAGUGCAGAAGACGCGGCCUUUAGGGAGUGUUGUGGCCAAUGCGCCUGUACCACCCAGGAUGCACCUGAUUCCCAUGUCGACCACGACUCCCAUCUUGCGAGGUCUUCCAACCGUGGCAAACGUCUCCUCUCUGCCUGCUACGGGGAUUUACGCCGUUCUCCAAGCGGAGCAGCCAACACCCAGCACGGCCGUCGUACUGGAGGACCAAACCAAGGAGCCAGCACGCAAAGUCAACGUUCGACCGAUGAAGUACAAGGAAAAGCGCGAACUCAGUAUAAAGAUCAACAGUCUGCCAGCGGAGAAAUUGGGCCGCGUGGUGUCCAUUGUUCAGGCUUUGGAGCCUGACCAUUCUGAGCUUCCGGACGAAAUAGAAAUCGACUUUCAGCGGUUGCGUCCCAUCACACUGCGGGCGCUGGAAGAGUUGGCGGAUGGUCGUUUGGAGCCUCGUCCACCAAAGACAGCAGCGGCUGUUCCCACGCCAAAAGCCGGAGUAAACGCUGCUUCAGCAAGCAAAGCUCCACAUUCCGUUACCACGCCUUUGGUUCGAGGUGGGAAAUGAAAUUCUCGGCCGCCGAUCCGCCCGCACCGAAUUCUCGUUUUAGCAUUAACGCCGAGAAUUUAUUGCGAUAGGUAGUAUUAGACUUUCGUUUUCUAUUUUGGUAUGCCUAAUUUUCAGUGAUGGGAAGUGGAAUGGUGUAUUGCGGGUUAUGCGUCGCCAGCUUGAGGCAGUUGUUAUUCAUGUACAGAUAGCGGAUGCAAAUGGAGAUAUUUUGAUGUUCACUUUUUCCGUUUUUCGCUUACAUGAGUUACAUCUAUUUGUUCUGUUUUAUAUAAUCCCACCUGCCACUGGAGAUGGUUCAUUUCAGAAUGAAGUCGUCUGUUGA